AUGUUGAUAUGUAAGCUCGGUUUAGUGACCUGCUGGGGGUUAGAUAUACCACGUUGGGUGACAUUUUCUUUUGAAGUUAAUGUUGCUGGUGCAGAUAUCUGUUUGCAGGAGAAUCCUAUUGAAUUACAGAGUGAUGAAAUAUUUCAAGCAGGAUUUAAAGAUGGAGAACAUAAUGUAUGGAAAAGUAACGACACUGCUACAAAGUAUCCACCACUCUGGGAGGGAGCGCAAUUGUACUUUACUGCUUUUCUUUUAUCUUACCUUGUUGAAUCUGGUUUCUGCCAUGUCACUAGCAUAAUGUCAAAAGCUAUUAAUCAAAUCGACAUCGUAGAAACAGGUGAUCUUCGAAUAUCUUUGACAACGUUGGAGGAAAAUAUUGCAAAACUAGCUGAGUAA